UUGUAUAUUGUAAAACGUAGUGAUUAUAUGCUCUUUGAUAUAUUGUAUCAAAUAAAAAGCCGAUUCUCUGCCAAUGAAUGAGUGAAAUGUGUACAUUUAUUAAUAGAUAUAUUUAAUUAAUUUAUAUAGUUCAAUCGAAUACCAUCAUUAUACGUGUGAAGUGAAAAUGUAGCUCUGUCCAAUGUUCAUUAUUUAAUCGUAAAUUUAACGUCGUAAUAAAAAUAAUGUUCCGACUUAAGAACUUCGCUUCUUUCCUUCUAAUCUAUUUAGUAUUCGUUCCUAAUUUCGUAGCACCUGAAGAUGGCAUGGUGUAUGAAUACGAUCCCGAAAGCUUCCAGCGGCAGAUUGAAGAUAUGGAUGGAAACUUUAUUAUGUUUUACGCGCCUUGGUGUCGACACUGCACUGACUUCCAGCCAAUGUGGGCUGAGUUGGCAGAGCUGGUAAACAUCAAGGAGUCCAAGUUUGCCAUUGCUCAGGUGGACUGCACAAGACAUGCAGGGCUGUGCCAAAACAAUGGCAUCACUGGCUACCCAACGCUAUUGUACUACCACAAGAACUCAUUCCUGCCGGUGGAAUACAAGGGCACGCGUGACCUGCCCUCCCUCACUCUCUUCCUCAGCGAGGUCUUCAAUGCUAAAUCUGAGGACUCUGAUGAUAAGAAAAGCCAGAGUAGUGAAGUUAAAUCCUACAGCGGCGUGGCACAUCUUACCGACCACAAUAUUGAGAAGUUUGUAGCCAAAGGGCAGCACUUCAUUAUGUUCUACGCGCCGUGGUGCCAGGCAUGUCAGAGAUUGGCUCCAGUGUGGGCGGAGUUAGGUGCGCAGUACACGCACAACGAGUACAUCCAGAUCGGCAAAGUGAACUGCAUGGAUAAUGAGCUGACCUGCGCCACAUUCGACAUCAAGCAAUACCCCUACCUGCUGUGGAUCGUGCACGGCCGGAUCAUGGGAGUAGCCAACGCCGAGACGCUAGAAGACCUAAAGGCCUACGUGGAGAAGAUGCUGCUGGCGGAGAACCACGACCCGGAAAAGUUCAUGAAGAAGAAGAAGGCGCUGCCCGUCGCGCGCAUCUCCGAAGAAACCUUUGAAAUCUUCAUGGAGAAGGACCUGGUGUUCGUCAACUACUUCGCUCCCUGGUGCGCGCACUGUAUGCAGCUGAGCCCGCUGUGGCUGAAGCUGGGCGAACGCUUCCAGAACGAGAGCCGCGUGCUCAUCGCCGAUGUCGACUGCGUGCGCUCCAAGCCUAUAUGCGAGACGGAAAUGAUAAACGGACUGCCAACGCUGAUCCUGUACAAGCACAAGAAGAUAGCGCACGUGGAGCACGGCGCGCGGCCGCUGGAGAGCCUCGUGGGGCUGGUCGCCGAGCACCUCGCCGCGCCCGCCGCGCCCGCCGCCGAGCAGCUCGCCGCGCCCAGCGAGCCCCCGCCCAAAGACGAGCUGUAGCUCAUUCACUCAACAUUAUUAUUGUUAUGUACAAUUUAUGUUACUAGUCUAUCGCGAAUUUAUUUGCCAUUAACCCCUCGAGUUUACGCCAUAGACUUCACAUACAUUUUUUGAAUGACCGGUCUGGCCUGGCCUAGGGUAGUGAUCCUGCCUAUGAAGCCGACGGUCCCGGGUUCGAAUCCCGGUAAGGGCAUUUAUUUGUGUGAUGAACACAGAUAUUUAUUCCUAAGUCAUGGGUGUUUUCUAUGUAUUAGUGUCUAUUUAUCUUUAUACUUGUGUAUAUCGUCGCCUAUUAGUACCCAUAGUAAAAGCUUUGUUAAGUUUGGGGCUAGGUAAAUAUUUUUUUAUUUUGUAUUAAAUCGCGAGUGCGCCAUAUUGUAACUUCGGGACUGGAGGGGUUAAGUAGGUCUGGCAUAACUUGCGCAAACCACUCGCGCUCUGCACCGGCUGUACACACUCGUCGAGUCUUGGCGCCGCUCCGACUCAAUUAGAGAAAAGCGAGACGAGAAGUAAGCAAUAUGUACACACUUGUUCUUGGCCUGUCCCGGGGUCUCUCGACGAGUGUGUACAGCGGCAUUACACUCGGCUCGUGCAGUUAUACGAAAUAUACACAAGCCGUUGGCGAUCUUUUUGCAAAUGGUUCGGGAAUCUGGACGCUCCUUUCAACUCUUGAAUUGUGAGUUUUACGUAACAUUAUUAAUGAUGUGUUCUAAAGAGUACCUAAGUGAUGUAUUAAAUUAUUUCAUCCAAA